UUAUUUUAACAAUUUUGAACUCUACUCUGCAAUAUUUUUUUAAGUUUGUCGCAAAUGGGAAGAAUUGAUCAUUUACAGACUUAGCAAAGUCAAGUAUAUUUUUGGCAAUGAAAGUGGCCAUUCUUCACCAGCUACUGUCCACAUUGGUGAAGCCAAGUUUUUAGAGAGUCACAGUAUUCUUCAAUAUGUUCCUAAUCUUAGGGUACUUGAUUUGUUAUUCCAAGAUGCAUUUAGUUUGAGAACGUAUAAUCAAGCGCACGAAAUUAUUGAUAAAUCUAAGAAACUGAAAGGUCUCAUAUUUUAUUCAAUUGUAGUGCCUGAUCUGGCCAGUUAUUGGGAGACGCCUGAAAUGGUUGCAAUAUUUGAUCCGAUUGCAACUUGGUAUAAAAAAUUUGCUCGUUUUAGUUCAAAAGUGAAACAAUUGUUCGUUGAAAGUGCUCCAAUUAAUCAUUUAGCAUGCAUGAAUCUAGAUAAUCUAGUGAGGUUACAUUUUUCCACUAUUGGAGAUGGUCUACAUUUCUAUGAAGAUCUGGUUUUGAAAAACGUAGAGAUACUGGAAUACGAAUCGAGUUAUUGGUUUGGUUCAGACUGUCUUAGGGAUGAUUAUUUUGUUGGCUAUAGUUUACUCGACUUUUGCCCUUCAUUGAAAUCGGUCCAUCUUUACGAUAUUUCUGUAAAUGAAGCAAAUAAUACAAAUAAAAUAAACCUUUUAUUGAGAGAUUUGGUAAUUGAAUACGCCGGUGAAAGCUCUAUGAGUUUUGAUUCUUUAAGAAAUUUCCUAUCAAAGUACGCAAAGCUGAAACAUCUUGCAAUCCGGAAUUAUUCAAACAUUGGAGACGCCAAUUUAAUCGAUUUGAUGAGGUUGCUGCCACAUUUGGUAAUUCUUGAUUUACGUCGAUCGCCUGGAAUAACUGAAAGCUCAGAAAAGAUUGUUCAAUCUUAUUGUAAAAGUCAUGGCAGAACAAUCGAGUUUCACUUUUCUUGCGGAGAAACAGCUGCUAUACCAGAGAUCCCACCACCGCAACGCACUAAUCGAUUGGUUGAAGGUUUUGACUUCAUGAAACAUUGUUUCUUUAAACAUUUCCAUGAGCUUCCAAUGUUAAUGGACACAAUCAAUGAAUGAAUACUAGUUUAACAUUUACUAAAAAGACAUAACCAACAUAAUUGUAACAUUUUUGCACAAAUUGACACAACUGUUUAAGGAAAAUGGGCAAAAGCGGGUGAAAUCACUUUCUUUCAAGUUUAAACUCUGUUAGUUUGUAAGACCAGAAAACCGUGUCCAUUUGAGUGACUUAAUAGUUUCUCUGAUCAAUUGUUUUCGAGAGAAGCGAGUUCAAAGUUUAAACUUCGAUCACCUUUUGCACAACUGUGAGACCAGAUUUUCAUGAAACUUAUAUUGCUGAUGUAACUUUUAUGAUGUACAAGAAGACGUACUUAUUUUUAGACAUAAAAUUUCCCGUUUCCUUUAAAACAGAUAAGAUCGAUUUUUAGUUAAACCGAACGAAACGAGGGAUCGUAAGAGUUAGAGAUAGGAAACUUAUUAUUGGUUUAUUAAAAUUGUUUGCACAUAUCAUGGAUCAAAUACAAAUGUACUUUUCCCAAGUUAAUAAAGGGUUUCUUGAUUUUG